UGCCUCUAAUUGAAGGAUUUUACAGAUGUUAGUGUUUUUGGCAGUUUCAGGAGUUCAGUGGAUUAAGAGUUGUUGACACUAAGGCCAAUGAUAAAUACAUCAAGUACCAGCAUUUGGAGUAUGAGCUUGAGAGGAAGGAUUUUAAACUAAUAAUACUUACUGGAUACUUACAGUUAAAUAAAUUAGCCCAGAACACACAUACAUUGUGGAUCUAAGCUUAGAAUCUGGUUUCUGAACUUCUCACCAAUGAAUUUCCAACUGCCUUACCUCUUCUGGUUUGAAGAUGUGCAGAAAUAUUGAAUAAAUUGAAAUUUAUUUUUGAGCAUUUCUUUAACACUAACUGUCGGGUAAGACUGAUGUGGUGCUGGUAUUGACGUCAGUAAGACUGAACACCCUGACUUCCUAUUAAUCUUCACUCACUGGGUCUUGUAUCUCUGCCUUUCUUUACAGUGACCCUUUGCUCCUUGGUGUGGGAUAAUGACCAUGAUUCUUUCCAAUAAUUCUCACCUCCUUCUACAUACUUUCUUCUUGGCUGGCAUCCCAGGGCUGACUGCUGCCCAUAUUUGGAUAUCCCUUCCUUUCUGCUUCAUGUUUGUCCUGUCACUAACUGGGAAUGCAAUCCUGCUUUCUCUCAUCUGGACAGAACACAGGCUUCACCAGCCCAUGUUUCUGUUUCUUGCUAUGCUCUCUUUUGUUGACCUGGUUCUCUCCCUCUCCACUCUUCCCAAGAUGCUGGCUAUUUUCUGGUUUAGUGCUACAGCCAUCAGCUCCUAUGCCUGUCUGUCCCAAAUGUUUGUCAUUCAUGCAUUCUCUGCCAUGGAGUCAGGGGUGCUGGUGGCCAUGGCCUUGGAUCGCUUUGUGGCUAUCUGCAACCCACUGCAUUAUGCAACCAUCCUUACUCCUGAAGUUGUCGCCAAGAUUGGAGGGCUGGUGGCACUGAGAGGUGUGGGUUUAACCAUCUUCUUUCCAAGCCUGGCCCAUCGACUGUCUUACUGUGGUUCACACACAAUUGCUUAUACCUACUGCGAGCACAUGGCAGUGGUGAAGCUGGCCUGUGGGGCCACAACCGUGGACAGUCUCUAUGCCUUGGCUGUGGCAAUCUUACUUGGUGUGGGGGAUGUGGCCUUUAUUGCCUACUCUUAUGGACAGAUUGUCAAGACUGUGAUGCAUUUUCCUUCACCUGAGGCACGCGGCAAAGCAGGAAGCACAUGCACAGCCCAUGUCUGUGUCAUCCUCUUCUUCUAUGGACCAGGCUUUCUUUCUGUGGUCAUGCAGCGCUUUGGGCCAUCCACAGCCUCUGCUGCCAAGGUCAUCCUUGCCAACCUCUACUUGCUUCCCCCUGCAUUGGACCCCAUUGUAUAUGGGGUUAAGACCAAGCAGAUCCGAGAGUGUCUGUUCACAAUUAUACGCUCCAAGAAGAUUGAACCCACUUGACUGUCUUUUUUGUCAGCUGGAAUUCAAGGUCAAAAUGCCCCUUCUCCAUAGAUUAGAACCUCUACUGCCCAAGUCAUUUGCCUGAUGGUGACAGAAGGCCUUCGGGGAUAUUGUAAGAAGGGAAAUCUUUUCUGGGUUCUCUGAUGUUUGCAUAUUGGAAUUCAA